GGCUUCCUCACUCAUGCAAUACUCUUCAGUGCUGAAUGAGUUCAGCUUGAAUGCAAGAUGUCCUUGAAGAGGCUGAUUCAACAGAGCGGCAAUGCCAACUGUGUGGGCUACUGUCUCAGCUCAAAUUACAGCCCAUCUUUGGAGCCAUUCGCCUUUCCACCUUUGGACAACCAGAGAAGACAAGGGUUCCCAGACCCAAAUGGGACAUUGUCCAAGGACUGCAAACAGCUUGCUUUAAAUAGAACGAGUUCCAUAGGCAGAUCUUUUGGCCCACACAGAAGGACAUUUAAAAUCUUAAAGGAAGACAAUGAAACAUUUGGAUUUGAAAUCCAGUGCCAAAGUAAUCGUUUCAUGGAAAUUUGCACUUAUAUUUGCAACGUGAAAAAAGGAAGCCCAGCAUUUCUUACUGGACUCCAACAUGGUUACAUCUUGAUCAACAUCAAUGGAGUGAGCACCGAAGGGCUAAGUCACAAAGAACAGGUGGACAUGAUUAAAUCAUCUAGGAAUCUUUUAAGGUUAGAUACUGUGAAUGAAGCCCUGAUUAUGAAAAGAAUGGAACUGGAAACCAAGUUGCAUUGCAUGAAGAAAACUCUGCAAGAUAAGUUGACCGAGCUCCAGGCCCUGUGCUUACGAGAAAAGCACCUUACUCGCGGAGAAGUGUGCUCACUACCAGAUUCUGCAGGAUUAGAAGGACCUAAUACCUUUGGUGAUCAUGCUGGAUUAGAGUCUCCAUUGGGCAGUAAGCCCCGAUUUUCUAGUGAAAGCAGCUGCUUAAGCCGUCUUAGCUCAAUGACCCUGGAUAGUGAGGACAGUUUUUACCAAUCCAGUGUUUUCGAAGACCCCGCUAAGGAGGUUUUUAGCCGACAAUCAAGCACGGAAGACGACUGCUUUCUUCCAACUGGUAGUAACCAAGUGAAGAAGACCUCACUGAGAAGGCAUCGGAGUAUCAGUGUGACUAGCAAUAUCUGUAGAUCUCCUUCAAAGAAUGGAGAUAACUUCUCAAAGAUCUUUGGGACUCUCCCACGGAAAAGCAGAAAGGGAAGUAUUCAAAAGAAGCUGUUGACUUUCAUUCCUGGCCUUCACCGAGCUGUGGAAGAGGAUGAAAGUCGGGUCUGACAAUGGAACAAGUUGAGAAUGACAUAGUUGCAAUGGACUGCAAUUUGCAUUUUUGAAAUCAAAUCAGGCCUGCAUUUCAUAUUCUCAAUCAGUAAAACAAUGGAAGUAAAAU